ACACCACCCUUCUCUACACUUCUACUCUCCAACAUGAUCCCGACCAAGGCCGACCGCCAGACCGACGACGGCUCGGAGCCCGUCAUUGUGGGCUCCGGCGGCGCGCUCUCGACCGGGAGCGGCGCGAGCGCAAACGCGACGGAGACGCUGCCGGCUGGCGACAACGGCGGCCGCGCCGCGCACGCAAACCAGCAGCAGCCCGAGGGUCAGUUCCCGAAGCAGGUCAAGCCCGAGCAGGCUCAGCCGACCGGCAACGUCGGCGGCGGCGGCGAGGGCCUGAAGAACCACCAGGCGUGAGGCGUGCCUUGGCCUGACCUUGUACAGACGACGCAACCAAGCAGUGACCCGCAUCCGUCCUUCUGAG